AAAUGGCUCGGGAAAUUGGGGGUCCUGUCUUUUUUUUCCCUUUUUACACAUUCAUCACAUCAUGUCUUCUGUCAUUCUUGUCACCGGUGGCUCUGGUCUGGUCGGUAAGGCCAUCGAAUGGGUCAUUGAAAACGAUAAAUCUGAGCGCUACGGAAAGAAGGAAGGCGAAACCUGGAUCUUCCUUACUUCUAAGGAUGGUGAUCUUAGAAAGCCAGAGGAUGCUAAGGCUAUCUUUGAAAAGUACAAGCCUACCCAUGUCAUUCACUUGGCCGCUCUUGUCGGUGGUCUCUUCAAGAACAUGAAGUACAAGCUUGAUUUCCUUCGUGAUAACUUGCUUAUCAAUGACAAUGUCCUCGAGACCUCCAAGGUCUUUGGUGUCCAGAAGGUUGUUUCAUGUCUUUCUACCUGCAUUUUCCCUGACAAGACUAGCUACCCCAUUGACGAGACCAUGAUCCACAACGGUCCUCCCCACGAGUCUAACUUCGGUUAUGCUCACGCUAAGCGUAUGAUUGAUGUCCAAAACAAGGCAUACAACGAGCAGUACGGAUGCAACUUCACUUCCGUCAUCCCUACCAACGUUUUCGGUCCCCACGAUAACUACGAUCUUGAGGAUUCUCACGUCUUGCCUGGUUUGACCCACAAGUGCUACUUGGCUAAGCAGAACAACACUCCUUUCAUCGUUGGUGGUACUGGCAAGCCUCUCCGUCAGUUCAUCUACUCUCGCGAUCUCGCCAAGCUCUUCAUCUGGACUCUUCGUGAAUACAAGGAGACUGAGCCCAUCAUUCUCUCCGUUGGUGAGAAGGAUGAAGUUUCCAUCAAGGAUGUUGCCGAUGCUAUUGUCAGCGCUGUUGGUUUCGAGGGUGAAUACAGCUUCGAUACCACUCGUUCCGAUGGUCAGUUCAAGAAGACUGCCAGCAACGACAAGCUUCUCAAAUAUAUUCCUGACUUUGAGUUCACUCCCUUCAACGAUGCCGUCCAAGAGUCCGUUGCCUGGUUCCUUGAAAACUACGACACUUGCCGCAAGGGCCAUUAGAUUAAAUACAUAUAAGCCAUACCCCAUCUGUAGUAAACAUAGUCACUACAAUUACAGGAUGCUGAAAAUAUAACAUCUUUUAAAAAAAAUACUGAUCCGCUCAAAGGAGAUCCGCCAGACUCGUGAAUGAUGUCAUUUUGAAAGCUUUGCAUACCUUCGAAAUGGAUGUAUGUUUAU